UGUAGAUAGUCUUUCAUGAUUUAUGAAGCUUAUUACUCGUCCUAGAGGUCAAGAAUGUGCAGAUUUCUUCUCAAAAUCUUUCACCUUCCCAACUAGAUUGAGAUACUGGACUACCUAUCUCCAUCACCAUUGGGACUGUCGAUCCUUGAUUCUUUUGCAUGUCCCAUCCUUCUUAUCAUCACUGCAGAAUUCUUCUGAUGCGGCCCUUUCUGUAAUUGUCUGUACUAUUUUAAUAUCACAGUUUAGAGACUCAGGCGAUCCAUAUCCGUUUCCCACCUCCCUCCUGAUAUCACUCCCCGACGCAGUCGUCAUUGUCGACCAUCUACAUUUCCGCCCUUUUCCGUAUCCACAGUUCAACACCAUCAUCGACUGAAAUUAUUUGUUCCACACUAUCCCUGUACAUCGCCUAGGAGUAUGCUGUCUUUCAGUGAUUAAAUCCGAAUCAGACGCCCAUCAUUCCUGCAUGCGCUAUGCAUCUAUUCUCACCAACUUUCCUUCUCUACCUCCAUGGAUUACUUCUCGCGCUGGUGGCUUUGGGUAGCGCCGACUCCGAUGUCGAUUUCAUGAGUGUUAGAGCCAAGUUUCUCAAGGAUUACAGUGGGAAAGGAGGUGAACCGGGAGAGAAAUAUUUCAAGGAAUCUAACUUCCAUUAUCACUAUGACGGACGAUUCGCCGAUGAACCCCUCUCCGAGGAAGACACAAUACCACAUUUGGCAGCACUCAUUCAGACAUAUCUGUCGACUAUGGCGGAUCUUGGUGCAGAGACUUGGAUAAUGCAUGGAACUCUUCUGGCAUGGUGGUGGAACCAAAAGAUUUUCCCAUGGGACAACGACCUCGACGUUCAGGUUACCGAGCCGACAAUACACUUCCUCGCUGAAUAUUACAACAUGACCGAACAUCAUUUUGAACUUCCGGGGGUGGACGGCGGGCGAAACUACCUUCUUGAAAUCAACCCGCAAUAUGUGGUUCGAACCACUGAGGACGCUGCAAAUGUUAUUGACGCGAGAUGGAUCGACACCUCUUCAGGGCUUUUCAUUGAUAUAACUGCAGUGCGCAAGGAUGACGAGUUGAGAAAGAAGGGUCAACAAGGCGCUCUCAUGUGCAAGGAUGGCCACAGAUUCGAUGAGACGGAUAUCUUCCCCCUUCGGAAUAGUCACUUUGAAGACUUUCCUGUCAAAGUCCCCUACAUGUACACUGAUCUCCUUGUGGAAGAAUAUGGCUCCAAGGCAUUGACAACCGUUGACUUUCAGGGUCACCAUUUCAACGAGGAAACCAAGAUCUGGGAACAAACUAAAGAGAAACGAGGACUUUCACGGCAGCGAAGAUCCAUCACUCUCCCUAAGCGAACCACGCCGCUUCUCUAUCGUUUAAAAUGAGCUCACCGAAAAAUCAAAAACGAACAUACUAACUGGCAAUCAUGUAUAUUUCUUCCACUUGGUUUAUGAUAACGACCCCUCUAUUCCUCCGUUUUCACAUCUCCCGGUUGCAUUAUCUGGCGUUCCAUUCCUCUCCGAAAGACAUUUGGUACACAAUUCUGUGCUUUUG